CAAAUGAUAUUGACAAGUGAUAUCAACAAUAAUUUAUGAAUUUAUAGGUUAAAUUGUUCGUCAGCAAAUUAUUGAAUAAAUUUACUUUUAGUCAAAAUUAAAUUGACAAAGAAAAUUUCAGUAUGGCUUAUAUAAAGAUACCGCCAUUAUUAAUUAUAUCAACGUUAUUCUUAGUCCAAAACUGUUUAAGUGAAUUCACUACAGAAGAUUGUGCUUCUCUCGGCUUUACCAAAGCAAACCUUCUCUGUUCUUCGUGUGAUCAACUAAAGGAUUUUAAUCUAGAUCAACUGGUGGAACAUUGCAAACAAUGCUGUCAUAAUGAUGACUCAGCACCCAAGGAAAAGAAAUACGCCCGAGCAAUUCUCGAAGUAUGUACAUGUAAAUUUCCGGCAUAUCCGCAAAUACAAGCGUUUGUAAAAAGCGACAGGCCUGCCAAGUUUCCCAACUUACAAAUCAAAUAUCUGCGUGGUUUGGAUCCUAUUAUUAAGCUUCUGGACAAGGAUGGAAUUAUCAGAGAAACAGUAGCAAUUGAAAAGUGGAACACUGACUCAAUUGAAGAAUUUUUGAAGACACAUCUCAUAAAAGAAGAAGAUGAUGAUCGCGGUUUUUUGAAAACUAAUCUUAUUUAAAUAAAUAACUAGCAUAAUAAAAAAAUUAUGAUUUUCAUGUGUUACUGAAUAUUGAAUGAGAACACAGUAUCUUGAAUAAAACUUUUUUGCUAUUUGA